AUUAAUUCCUAUGAUUUCAAAUCUGAAUUUUUAGCAUCAUUGCUCCAUCACGACGCUUUACAAAUCAUUUAAUAUUAUGAUAAUAGAACGUUAAGAAUUGUCUAAAAUAGAAAUAUUUUGUAUUACAGCAAAAAUGCUGAAAAUGUUUACUUUUUUAUUUUGAUCUUGUUUUAUUUAUUUUUUUACAGGUCUAUAUAUUUUUGCUGCUUUUUUCUAUUUUAAUUCCAGUAAUGAACAUGUUUUUAAUUCCAGCUAAAUGUAAUAAACCCGUUGUUAUCCGUGAUAUCAAGAGGUUUGAGAAGCCAAUACAUGAAUAACUGCGUAGUUGUUUCAAACACGCAGGCGUUAUGAUUACGGUACCCAUUUUUUCCAGCUGCUUUUUCGUGCUCUUUUUAUUUUUAUGGCAGCGCUAGUCUGCUCCGUCUCUGGUGGCUGGUAAAAAUGAAGCACCGCUGUCCGUCAGAGACACCAAAUGAGCUUGGAUGUUUUUCCCCAGUCUACAGUUCCCAUGAAUCAGCCCCGGUUGGUCAACAAGCCCAAUGUCUCAUGAAAAUACUUCCCUUUUUAUUCUUCCCAUUUUUUUUAAACCUCUGAGCACUGAGUACAUGUGUCCUUGUCCAGUCUGAGUUUGUGAGCGUGUGCGUGAGGUAUCCUCAAGCGUUCUUGGACUUAUGCAGGAAUUCACCGGCGUGUGGGUGAGGGAUCCUCGCAUCCAGAAAGAGGAUUUCUGGCAUGCUUACAUGGAUUAUGAAAUCUGUAUACAUACAAACAGUUUGGCCUUCACUAAGAAGAGUUCCUGCGUGCGGCGGAGAUACAGCGAGUUCGUGUGGCUAAGAAAAAAGCUACAGGAAAAUGCCAUGCUCAUAACCCAUCUACCCAAACUUCCUCCAAAAAACCCGUUCUUCAGUCUCAACAAUGCCAGAGAGAUCGCCCGCAUGGAAGGGCUCAGGAAAUUUCUAGAAGAGGUGGUUCACAGCCCGGUGCUGCUUUCGGACAGCUGCUUGCAUCUCUUCCUGCAGUCCCAGCUAAGCGUGAAGAAAAUGGAGGCCUGCGCCAAAGGCCGGAGUCGCUACACUGUCUCUGAGGCCAUCUGCAGUUUCGCCUCAGGAAACAAACGCUUUGAAUCUCAGUCUGAAGACAGCAUGGAAGAAGAGGACGAUAACUGUGAAUCAGACUGAUGGACUAUUUUCUGCUAAGACAUUGCUGAGGAGCGUAACGUUCAACGCUGAAGAUUACACGAGGAGACGAAGCAACGGGGAAAAAGUUACCAUCAUUGUUGCAGCGCUCUUACUCUCUGUAUCGAUGAAUCUGUACUGAUGAAGAUAACCUAAUAAAUUCAUUUAUUUAAACCGCA